UGGACGGUUGUCCCUGAUUUUACACAUCAUGCCCACUCUGCCUCAUUGUCAGCGGUAGCAGUCAAUAGCAGAUAUGUGGUCACUGGGAGCAGAGAUGAGACAAUCCAAAUCUAUGACAUGAAAAAGAAGAUAGAACAUGGGGCAUUGCUGCAGCACAAUGGCACAAUAACUUGUUUGGAGUUCUAUGGUACUGCACAUCUACUGAGCGGGGCUGAAGAUGGAGUAAUUUGUAUCUGGAACACAAAGAGAUGGGAAUGCCUGAAAUCCAUUAAGGCACAUAAGGGGCACGUGUCAUCUCUUUCUAUUCAUCCUUCUGGGAAAUUAGCUUUGUCAGUAGGAACAGAUAAAACAUUAAGAACUUGGAAUCUUGUAGAAGGACGAUCAGCCUUUAUCAAAAACCUGAAGCAAAAUGCCCACAUAAUUAAAUGGUCCCCUGAUGGAGAAAAGUAUGUGACCGUGAUAACAAAUAAAGUGGAUAUCUACAAACUUGACACAGCUUCAAUCACUGGCACUAUCACAACAGAGAAGAGAAUUUCUUCACUUAGAUUUAUUACAGAUUCUAUCCUUGCCAUAGCUGGAGAUGAUGAAAUUAUAAGGUUCUACAGCUGUGACUCUCAAAAAUGUCUGUGUGAAUUUAAAGCUCAUGAAAACAGAAUAAAAGAUAUCUAUAGUUUUGAAAGAGAAGGACAACAUGUUAUUGUUACUGCAUCCAGUGAUGGUUACAUUAAAAUGUGGAAUCUGGAUCUUAAUAAGAUUAAAGAUGUGCCGUCUUUACUGUGUGAAGUGAAUACCAAAGCUAGGCUGACGUGUCUUGCAGUAUGGCUUGACCAAGCUUCAGAAACGAAAGAGAAUUCUGAUAAAGCUGCAACGUCAUCUCAAGCAAAUGAAGAUGAAAAGUCAUCAAUAGUCACAAAAAACAAAGUUUGUUGGACUGAUAAGAGUAAUAAAACAGCAAAAAGAAAGAUGAAGAUUACUCCAGACAAGCAAAAAUUGGAAGCUCCGCUGCAAAAGAAGAAAAAGAAACGGAAUAGCUCAGCAUGAAGGCAGCUACUUUCUCUCCUGAAUAAAAAGUAAAUACUGGUGUUGCUGUAGUUUUUACAAGGAUGUAAACCUCUGACAGGACAUAUACCUCUGAACUGAUCUAUUGUUUAAAAGUAAUGAAUGUUUUUACCCUAAUAAAUUGACUGAUCAUUCUGGGAAGUAGCAAAAGAGAUGGCAACUUUUCCUAAAGGAAUGAGGCAAAAAUCAAUUCAUAGUAUGUAAUGUUUAUAUUUUUCUAUUAACAAUAGCAUACACUUUUUAACUGGCUCUGAAAAAGCCAGCUAAAAUGAUGAAAAU